UUCCAGGCCUGAUGGACACCAGAAUAACUUGAGGAGUUCUGCAUAUGAAUCCUUGAUGGAAAUAGUGAAAAACAGUGCCAAGGACUGUUAUCCUGCUGUCCAAAAAACAACCCUGGUCAUCAUGGAGCGGCUCCAGCAAGUGCUGCAGAUGGAGUCUCACAUCCAGAGCACCUCAGACAGAAUCCAGUUCAACGACCUCCAGUCCCUCCUGUGCGCGACUCUCCAGAACGUGCUGAGGAAGGUGCAGCACCAGGAUGCCCUGCAGAUCUCGGACGUGGUCAUGGCCUCGCUGCUGAGGAUGUUCCAGAGCACGGCGGGCUCGGGGGGAGUGCAGGAGGACGCCCUGAUGGCCGUCAGCACCCUGGUGGAAGUCUUAGGUGGAGAGUUCCUGAAGUACAUGGAUGCCUUCAAACCUUUCCUUGGCAUUGGACUGAAGAACUAUGCCGAGUACCAGGUCUGCCUGUCUGCAGUGGGCCUGGUUGGGGACUUGUGCAGAGCCCUGCAGUCCAACAUCCUGCCUUUCUGUGACGAGGUUAUGCAGCUGCUCCUGGAGAACUUGGGGAAUGAAAAUGUCCAUAGGUCUGUGAAGCCCCAGAUCCUCUCAGUGUUUGGGGACAUCGCCCUGGCCAUUGGGGGGGAGUUUAAGAAGUACCUGGACGUGGUGCUGAACACCCUCCAACAGGCAUCCCAGGCACAGGUGGACAAGUCUGACUAUGACAUGGUGGAUUACCUGAACGAGCUGAGGGAGGGCUGCCUGGAAGCCUACACUGGGAUCAUCCAGGGGUUGAAGGGAGACCAGGAGAACGUGCACCCUGAUGUGAUGCUGGUGCAGCCCAGAGUAGAAUUUAUCCUGUCCUACAUCGACCACAUCGCUGGGGACGAGGAUCACACGGACGGGGUGGUGGCCUGUGCUGCCGGGCUCAUAGGGGAUUUGUGUACAGCAUUUGGGAAAGAUGUUCUGAAAUUAGUAGAAGCCAGACCCAUGAUCCAUGAACUGCUAACGGAAGGGAGGAGAUCCAAGACGAACAAAACGAAAACUCUCGCGACCUGGGCGACUAAAGAGCUGAGAAAACUGAAGAAUCAAGCUUGAUCUGUUACCAUUGGGAUGACACCUGAGAACCCCCACUGGAAAAAUCUCCAAUCUUUUGAAAA